AUGUCUAACUUGUUUAACGAAAACUAUGCUGCCACGGAUGACACUGGCGAUGUGAAAAUUGUCAUCAAAGGCAACGACUGUAACAAGAGCAGCAAUGGUGCCAGCAGCAUUUAUGCUUUCUGCAACCAUUGUAAGAAAGACAUCUCCGUCGUGUAUAUCAAGUCGGAUGCGAAGGGCAAGGAGCUUGAAGUAACGGAAACAACGAUGAAGACCAAUUGGCCUGCUGUGAACGACGGAUCUUAUCCCGAGAACGACUACGACAAAUGCAAGAAAAACAAUGAUUAUGAAAGCUGUAAAAAGAUACUGGAUGAAAAGAAGAAGUCGGGCAAGAUACAUGACUUGUGGGUGUCGUUUUUAGACUCUUGUACCCUUCAUGGUUUUCAUUUCUGUUUUGCAGGCAAUCCUCCUGUUCGACGCGUGUUAUGGACAUUACUUUUGCUCGGAGCGUUCUCGCUCUUUGUUGAAAAAUGUUUGACCAGCGUCUAUAAUUACUUUGAUUACCCGUUUACUACUACCACUGUUAUCGUUUAUGAAAGCAGUAUGGUGUUUCCCGCGAUUUCCAUUUGCAAUUAUAACGACGCUCGGUUAUCUGUAAUGAACGGAACUCUCGUGAAUGAGCUGUAUGUGAGAAAAAACAUAGAUGGACGAAACUCUAGUGAUAUUGAAGGUAACAUUACAGGUAAAAUUAUGCAAGAUACUUUGUCAAAGGCGGCCCAUCGCCUUGACAGAAUGCUUCUGGAAUGUAAUUACGGAAAGGACCACAAGUGCGAUCAUAACAACUUUACCGAGUUUAAAAACGCCUUUGGAGAUGUCUGUUUUACAUUUAAUUCUGGUAAAAAUGGUUCGAAAAUUCUUAACACCACAAACACAGGACAGGACAGAGGACUUCGCUUACUUAUUGACCUUCAACACUACGAGUAUUAUUAUGCUGUAGAAAGUGCUGGGUUCAGAGUUAUUCUGCACGAUCAAGCUGAGACGCCGGUUAAAAUGCAGGGAUAUGCCGUUGCACCGGGCUUUACGACCUACAUGGAACUUCAGAAGAAACAAGUAGGUGUUUCAAUUAUAUUUUGAGUACUUCUUAGUUUUUAUUAACUUAAGUAUACGUGUUAAAUUAGGAUGCAAAAUUCUUAUAAUUUAAUAAACACUUAAUUGCAGUGUUUCUUUGAUGUCUUAUCGUCUUAAUUUUUGCAACACUUACAAUUGUUCGCCGUUAUCGAUUUUUUCAUUCCAUCAAUCAUCGUCAAUCAAAAUCAGAAAAAAUUAAUCACGAGAAGGGAAACGACUAAAAAAAGUGAAAAAUAACCUCAACAUCUUUAAUCAAAAUCAAUAUCAGUAUAUACAACUAAAAACAAAAGUGAAGUGAAAAGAAAAACUUUCCCUGCUAAAACAUGUCAAAGAAACAAGAAACUUAAUUUUUUCUCUGCCAUACAUCGCAGUAAACAUGUAUCAGUAUUUGGCAUGUCUUAUUUAUAUUAUUUCUUAAUAGUUGAACAUAACUUGCUGAAUAUAUUCACCAGAAUCCGUUGUAUUUGCAGUGUCCUUUAGGCUCAUUUCUCAGACUCCAUUAUGAGACAUAUAAUCAAUGUCGCUACAUUUUUUUAUAUCGCUAAAAUUUUUGAAUCCGUGGAGAAAAUCCUGAAGGGUGAUCUUUCAAUGCACCCUCAUCGGUACAACUUUUGUACUGUGGAUUUAAUAACAUUUGAUGUCCUUCGAUUAUUUUACAAAAUGGGAUAUGAGAGAUUUUCAACGCUGAUUUAUCGCCAAGUCGUAAGGAUGAAAGUCUGCUCUGUUUGUCAGUUAAGGGAUAUACCCCACCUUACGCCUUACUAAACAAAGUAAAACACAGCAAAUUGUAGGGUGUUAUGGCAAUAAUAAGACUGAUCAAUGUUGUUCUUUCAAACAACUAUCAACAGAAAGACUACUUUGUGAUACUAUAGAACAAAAUAUAAACACUUUUAAAAAGAAUUUUUGACCUCCUAAAGAUCUCGAUAUUUGAAUAAAAGACUAAAGCAGCAUGACCACUCGCACACAACAAAGAUUUUAAAUAAGAUUUUCAAAAGUUAGACGAGACUUUUAUGUUCGUAAUUGUCUCUUGGGAAGACCAAUUUUUACAUUUGUCUUACUCGAUGAUCUUAUCAGAAUAGGCGUUUGAACUGUUACAUCAGGGUUCCGAAAAAGACUGCUGUUUGAAUUUGACCUAGACAAAGAUUUUGCAGCUGUAUUUUGUUUUUCAUUUCUUUGGUACUUUCCUGUUUUGAUUCGAUUUGUCUUGUUUUGGUUUUGGCGGAGCAGUGUAGACGUCAUACAAUACGAUCAAAGCCAUAAAAAAAUACUUUGAAAUUUAAGACUCAAGGUUUCCCGGCUGCAUUUUCCGUUGGCAAUAGCAUUAACUAGGUCGCCAUUAACAGAUAUUUGGAAAAAUGACAACCACAGCUGUAUUAGAAAAAGAUGAAAAUUGUUGAAGUGAGAGCCUGUCAUUAUUCCGAGAAGUCUUGGGUAUUUACCUUUUACAUGGAAAAUGCGGAAAUUUCUGUUGGAAAAUUAAAUGGCUCGCGUCGUUCUGUUUGAGAAGAAAAUAUGUGACGAAAAUACUGAAAAUAUGGGAUGUGAUUUGAGGCGAUCAAUCUUUCAACUCUUUUGAGUCUUUUUGGCAGAUUUGGUCAUACUUUGUUGCAAGUCAUUCUUUCACCAUGUCAAAUUUUAUACUGAGUUUUAUGUUUAUGCUAGAGUUCCACCCAGGUGGUUUGUGCAAAUUGUAAGCACCCAUUGUCUCCAAGUUUCACAUUUUCAUGGACGACAAUAGCUGACAUCUCUGUAAAUUCCAAAUACAUUGUUAGUUACUUCUGUUCACGUGAAACAUUACCCCUGAAUAAUGAGAGGCUCUCACUUGUAAACACGAAAUUUCAGACAAAAAAAUAACGCAUUGUAGCUACUAUUUUAUUGUCGCGCGUAUAAAAGGACGAUAAUUCUUAAAUCUAUCGAUUGGUUUCCAUAUUAUUCGCCCAUUUGUUAAAGUAGACCAAAAUGUUAAUCUUUCUUUCUAUGAGCAAAAGCUAUCCAAAUGAUCCUUUCAAACUCGUAAAGAAUGAAACUACUAUGAGGUGAAAUUGCAUUUCGAUAACGCUCUGAUAGAUUUUCCUCGAACUUUACGAACAUCGAGGCAGCUUUUGGAGGAAUAUGCUCCCGUGAACGAUUUUAGAAAAAAAACCCAGUGCCAAGAAAUACGGCUGCAAGUAAUUGGGGCAAUGACGUCAUGAAGUUGUCAUGCCAACUCCAACGUCAACGUAACACGGAUCAUAGUCAUUGCUCAUCUUUAUCCACAACUGUGGUGGUCAUUUUUCCAAAACUUUGUUAAUGACGACGUAGGUAGUACUCAAACUUGGGAGGUAUUUUCCCUGAAAAAUCCAUUCGAACCACCUUAAGGUGACUCGACUCAGUUUUUUUGGGGGGGUACCAUCUUACUUUGAAGCCCUCUGGUAUCCCCGCCUUUACUAUUAUCGUAAGUCUAACACAUAGAAUGGAUAACAUAUCGAUCAAUCUACAAUAUAACAUAAAAUUUUUGGCGAUCGGAGUAAAUGUCACGUGGUUAUAAUGCCACGCCCCUUUGAGGUCUGAGUCGAAAAUCUGCUUUUGCCGGCAUUUUUUCGUGAAAAUCUCUCGGCUACACAUAGUGCACGUUAGUGCCUUGCGCUGAACACAGUUUCACCAAAAUCGCAAAGACCCAAUUCGAGAAAUUCAGCGGUUUCCAAAUUUAGGUCAUAAUUUAUGCGAAAAUGAUAAGCAAACUUUACACGGAUUAUAUCUAAUAAACUAUGAGAUUUAUCUCUUUAUUUUGGGCAUCGUUAUAACAGAUGGGUCCUUGCAAGUCAGCAAAACGCUUUAGGGCCUUGUAAAUGCGCGCGAUUUCGAGCAAGGCAAACAUAUAGAAAUUAUAGUUUUCGCUAUUUGUUGACGUUUGUCAGCGUUUAAGAGUCCUUCUCACGAAAAAAGCAUUUUCUUAAAAAUUCGUAGUUUUUUUUCCUUCAAAUUUUUUCAGGGCCACAAUUGAUUAACUAACUACCCGGACUCUGAAUUUCAUGGUCAUUGAAAAACUGUGACAUUAUCUUCUAUAAGCCCAAACUUGAGUAAACAUUGAAGAUUUUUAGCGUUUUGGCUGAGUUUGUGCUUUGGGAGUUGUCUAUUGUUUCUAGUCUGUCAUUAUACAGCAUUCUUGUUCAGCACGCGUGCAAUGACCACGCUUGGCUGACUUCCGAAUGCUCACCGAGAUAUUCCCGUCACGAGUUGGUUUAAUUAUUGGCUUGCAUUAAACCUAUGAAAAAAUGAUAUUUUUUUAAUAGUAAGUAGAUUUAGUGUGUAGCACUUCUUGAUUUUUUUGCAAAGGCACAAGAAGCACGAGAAUUGAUUAAAAAUUGUGACUUAAACCUCUAUGUAUCACGCGAUGGCCUGUCUCACUGUACCAAAAUUAUUAUAUCUCGGUGAGCAUUCGGAAGUCAGCCAAGCGCGGUCAUUGCACGCGUGCUGAACAAGAAUGCUGUAUAAUGACAGACUAGAAACAAUAGACAACUCCCAAAGCACAAACUCAGCCAAAACGCUAAAAAUCUUCAAUGUUUACUCAAGUUUGGGCUUAUAGAAGAUAAUGUCACAGUUUUUCAAUGACCAUGAAAUUCAGAGUCCGGGUAGUUAGUUAAUCAAUUGUGGCCCUGAAAAAAUUUGAAGGAAAAAAAACUACGAAUUUUUAAGAAAAUGCUUUUUUCGUGAGAAGGACUCUUAAACGCUGACAAACGUCAACAAAUAGCGAAAACUAUAAUUUCUAUAUGUUUGCUUUGCUCGAAAUCGCGCGCAUUUACAAGGCCCUAAAGCGUUUUGCUGACUUGCAAGGACCCAUCUGUUAUAACGAUGCCCAAAAUAAAGAGAUGAAUCUCAUAGUUUAUUAGAUAUAAUCCGUGUAAAGUUUGCUUAUCAUUUUCGCAUAAAUUAUGACCUAAAUUUGGAAACCGCUGAAUUUCUCGAAUUGGGUCUUUGCGAUUUUGGUGAAACUGUGUUCAGCGCAAGGCACUAAUGCGCACUAUGUGUAGCCGAGAGAUUUUCACGAAAAAAUGCUGGUAACAGCAGAUUUUCGACUCAGACCUCAAAGGGGCGUGGCAUUAUAACCACGUGACAUUUACUCCGAUCGCCAAAAAUUUUGUUAUAUUGUAGAUUGAUCGAUAUGUUAUUCAUUCUAUGUGUUAGACUUACAAUAAAAGUAAAGGUGGGGAUGCCAGAGAGCUUGAAAGUAGGAUGGUACCCCGCCAAGAAAACUGGGUCGAGUCACCUUAAAUAUACCAAAUAUACCUUUUCCUAAUUCUGCUCCCGAGAGGACACAAUGAAAACGAGAUCGAGGCUUCAAGAGACCCUUUUUCGACUACAUACAUACAUUUAUUCCACUUCCCCACGGGGCUUUUGUUCACAGAAAUGCAAGAACGGCCUUUCUCUGCUUUGAUUUAAAGUCCUGACAAUUUGUUAUCUACCACAAUUAUGAACUGAUACUUUCAAAAUAAAACUAGAACUUCAUCUUACCAUUAAUCCGGUUUUUAAAAGUUUUCUCCUUCUGGAGAAUCUCCAUGAGCCUUGAGGAUGAAAUAUUUUUUAGAAUCCUUACUUUAAAUCUUGCGUUUUCAGGUGACCAAUUUGCCGCAUCCUUACCGUACAAACUGUGGGAUGCCUCCACUAAGGUUCUUCAAAUCAUACAGCAAAUCUAAAUGUUUCUUGGACAAACUGGCUCGUUACGUUAUCAAGCAAUGCAACUGUCGGGAUUGGUUCAUGCCGGGUAAGUUGUUGUGCAAUAUAGCUCUAUUGUUUGGUCUUUUAACUUAGUUGUCUAAGUGUUCAGGGCAGGAGUUCCAACACAUGAACCAUUUACAUGUUAAGCUGACACCUGAGCCCGUGUACAACCUUUGACGUCAGCUUUGAAAUGUUCGAAGAUAACUUGGAAUUCCAACCUAUGCAGGAGGUAAAGCUCUUCCUUCCGAAUCAUGCUUGAGCGUGCGAAAUUCGGUCAAUAAGGACAGCGAUACAUGCAAAUUAGUCUUGUAACUCUGACUGGAAAUUUGAUUUUGUUAAAUCUUGUCUCAACCUGUACACCCUUUAAAAAAGUAGUUUCAAGAUCCGUGGCUUUUUUGCCAAACCCGUCAAACAGCGUAAGAAGGCCUUAAAAGGAAACCGUGACACUCGGCGAACAUGAGGAUAUGGGAAAGUAGGGAAUUGUAUUUUACUUCCCAAACUGCCUCACUAGCUUCAAAAUAGUGCUUUUCUGACGAAAUAUCCAGGGGCAAAUGAAUGAUUGUGAUUGCAUGUUAUUCCCACUCUGUUGCUUUUCAAAUUAAGACAGCCUUUCCUUACUGUCGCUUCUCAUGGUUAUGUUUUCCGACUUUCUAAUACUAUUUUAAGAACUGAAAAUGUCAUUCGACUGAACAAGAAAUUAUUUUACAAACUUUAGGUGCUGAUGAUGGAAUUCCCGUUUGUGGUUAUAAAGCAAGUGACAGCUGUAUGUGGCCGGCGUGGGGUAAGGCUGGUAGUGUUGUUUUAAGUUAAAAUCAUAACGUUUCAUGUAUUUGUUCGCCAAAUAAAUAAAUAAAUAAAUAAAGAAAUAAUCUAUAUACAUUAACAAUCUUUAAUGGUCUUUGUUGGUUUGAUAAUCUUAAAAGCUGUCUGGCUGUGUCCCUCUGCCUCUCUUAGGCUCUGUGAUUGUAUACUUCAUGGUCUUAUGCGCUCUGUAUCUGUACUAUUCCUCCAACUUGAGCAUGGAGUCUCUAUGAUGUUGAAAUCUUCCACCUUCAUGCUCGUUAAUAAAAGGUUUUGUAGGUUUUUGGUUCACUUUCUCAAUCGCUAUCGUACAAUCCCACAUUAUCUCCACAUUCUAAUUGCCAUUGUAGCUGCGAGAUUUCUUCUCAACACUAACGACUUUUCUAUCAUUUUACUGGCACUCGCCUCAGUCUCCGCUCCAAUAUUCGAUAAGCUGCUUGAUAAUUUCGCUUAUUUGUGAUUUUAGAGCAUUUUCAAGACAACAAGUUGGAUAAGUGCCCUGUGGCAUGUGAAAGCGUGGAAUUUUCAGCUCAAUUAUCCUACGCUCGUUAUCCAGCCAACACCUACGCAGAUUACAUACUUGCCAAGAAGAGAAAUCUGAAGGGCACGGACGAGGAAAAUAGGCGAUACCUUAGGUAGAUUACACACAUUUUUGUUUUCAAACUAGAAAAAGUUUGAACCUAGGAUUCAUGUCAUAAGUAGGUUGAGUAUGAUCGUACGGGUGAACGUAGUCCUGAGUAGGACUGUUGUUGACAGUGACUAACGUUUCGACACUCUGUGGGGUAGUCAUCUUCAGAGUCAAAGUGAGUUGUAUCACGUCAUCAGUUGAUGGUAUUAAACUUGCUUAUCAACCUGAUUAGUCAAUUGAGUCGCAAUGUUACUGGUCGUCUGUCAGUUAAGCCGUGAUGUUAGGCUAUGAAGACUCGAAAUUUCAUUGGUUCAAUUCGAUCCCUCUAUUGUCACAGUUAAACAGUCGUUUAUUGUUAGUCAAAUUGUCGGUCUUCCAGUAAUUUUCUCAUAGUUAGUUUUGCUUGAGCCCUUCAAUAAGUCCUUUGUACGUCACUGUAACUAUUGACUACGUUUCAGUGGCGUUUGAUCUAAGUUAGUAAACCAGCAUUCUUAAGUGAGUCGUUGAUAUAGCCUGUAGAAUGCGUAAUACAUGUCACUCCGGGAUUUCUUGAUCUCGAUCGAAGAUACAAACAUUUGAAAUAAGGACAGAUUACAAAUGCUUCAUAUACCGUGAAAAAUCAUCAUUAUCACCAUCACGGCUGGUUGGUUUUCACUUUGUUCAAGACCCUUGAAGUAUUUAGAUGGUAGAUCUUUUACCAGAAGUGUACAAAAAAAAGGAUUGGAACCUUAUUAAUGUUAGCGAUAUUGUAUCCAUUUCGUCUCAGGGACAACUUGCUUGAGCUCAAAAUUUAUUAUGAGUCUUUGACAUACUCCGAUGUGAAGCAGGUACCCAGUUAUGAUCUGUACAGCUUGUUAGGUAAGUUUAAAGUUCUGUGAUAAUUCACUCAUAAUAGAAUUUAACGCAUGUAAUUAAUUAACAUCGACGUAAAGCUGCCUCGAGAAAAGAGAAAAACUAGCGUUUUGUUUAGGUGUCAGUUAGUAGGAGUGGAAAAAAAAAUAAUGAAAAGCGCACUUUAUGUAAGUGUCAAUGUAUUCAGUAUGAAAUAAUAAUUCGGGACACUAUUUUUAGGACUGCUAUUUUAAGUGUUCACCCGAGCUAUGAGAAGGCCUAGCCGUUUACAGGGCUAAGGUAGUACUUUCCGGCAUUUCUCAGUUAUUUUAAGAUCCUGAGUAUUGGUCCAGCCCCGGGAAUCAAACCCGCGACCUCCUGAUCUACAGUAAAGCACUUCAGCGACUGAGCUAAUCCUGCGGCAGUGGAAUAGACUAGAGUAGGGUAGAGUGGUGGGCUGGUAGAGUGGUGGUAUAGAAUAGAUAAUUGUUUAUUCUAAUCGUUUGCACUAUUGACUGAACUACCGGGUAGGUCAGCAAAAAGCAAAUAUAGUUACAUAAUACAUUGAUAUGGCCCUCAGCAGUGUAUUGGUGCUACCAGGUACGGAACGGGCCUCGGAUUGCGGAGCCUAAGAGAGUUAAAACUCCUCUGGUACGUCGGGAGGAAAUACCUUUCCUGAGGGGAGGAUGCUGUCCGGCCUUUUUGAGGAACCUCUCGUCAGCAGCACCCUACCUGACUCUAACGUUGUACGGUUUAUAUAGAGAAAAGUUGUCCGGAAAAGAGGGUCACCCUCCCCUCCCAGCCCAGUCAACUUUAGCAAGCGUUUAUAUGGCGAAAAACUUGACCUCUUUGCUCGAUCCAAGAGCUGACAACGGGGCUCCGCAUGAUCUUAUUGUCUCACCUUGACCGAGUUUACCCGGCUGGGCGAGCCGAAGUCUUUAUAUGGAGAAAAGUUACCCAGGCUAGCAGAGUGACCUUACCAGUUUUCUAAAUUAAAAAUCGUUAUUAUUUUCGAAAAAUACGACCAAUUGACUUUUGUGUAGACCUUUUGUUAAGCGCAUGCAUCGUAGCUUUUGUACUGCAAGGAUCAAUUCGUUCAUUACUUUAAGGGUUUCAUAAAUUAAGUAUGAUUUUACUCCUUAUGUUCAUUAAUGUUUUUAUUGUGUAUAUUAGGUGAUGUGGGAGGUCAGAUUGGUCUUUUCCUGGGCGCCAGUCUCCUGACGUUUGUUGAGUAUUUGGAUCUGUGCGCAAUGGUGCUUUUUACAAAGUACAAGUAUCACAAUAAAUAGUUGUCUGUCAUAUUUAGAUAUCUACUGCAGUAUUCGAAGCUUUCGUAAGUCUAAUCUUGGAAAGCUUUACUUGAUAAUGUAUAAGUCUAGAAAUUAACAGUAACC